CGGCCAGUCGCUCCUCGUUGCGCGCUGGAUAUGGAUCAGGACUCUGCGCGCUUCCCCACUGUCUCCCGCGGACAGGCUGCACUCUGCGGCGCAUAAAAGGUGUCCAAAUGAACCGCCGCCCUCCCGGCUCCUCCGGCGUGCAAUGGCUUAACAGGAGAGACAUGAAUGUCCGCACGGAUGACAGCGUCACUCUGUGCCAAAGGGCUCUCCAAAUCGUUACGGAACUUUGUCUCGCGGGACACGUAGACCGGGAGAAAUGUUCGGAUAUAUUCCCCCUUGAGAGCAACAUACCAGGUAAAGGACACGCAGACAUCUCUAUUAGUCUCCUUGCUGUGGUCGUGGGUUUCUGUGGCCUCGCCCUGUUGGUAGUCUCUCUCUUUGUCUUUUGGAAGCUGUGUUGGCCCAUCUGGAGAAGCAAGGCUCUGUCAGCCCACGCUGAAAAUGUGCUCCGUGGGGGUUUCCCUGAGGCACCCCCACCCAACUCCCCGCCGGUUACUGAGUUUAAAGUGGCGGAGGUGGAAAAGAAGCAGCCGCCUGAAGUGAAGGUGAAUGGACGGAGCUCUGUUAAGCUACUGGAGGCAGCCAUGAAGAUCAGCCAAACGUCUCCAGACAUCCCUGCCGAGGUCCAGACAGCUCUGAGGGAGAAGCUCAGCCAGCAGGCUAAAAUCCAGAGGCAGACCACUGAGCCAACCUCCUCCUCCAGGCACAAUUCAUUCAGGCGCCACCUGCCUCGUCAGAAGAAUGUCACCAGUGUUGACUUCACCAUGGACACAGUGCCUCUCCGCCAGUCCUCUACUGUCAGCAUUGGAAGAAUAAAACCGGAACUCUACAAGCAGAAGUCUGUGGACUCAGAAGAGGCCAAAGAGCCCGUGGAGACUUGCGGAAAGCUAAGCUUCUCGCUUCGUUACGACUACGAGGAGCAGGCUUUGGUGGUGAGGAUCCUGAAAGCUUUGGAUCUGCCUGCCAAAGACUUCACAGGCACCUCUGACCCGUAUGUGAAGAUCUACCUGCUACCCGAGAGAAAGAAGAAGUUCCAGACUCGAGUUCAUCGCAAGAAUCUAAACCCCACAUUUGACGAGACCUUUUGUUUCCCCGUAGUAUAUGAUGAGCUUUGCAACCGCAAGCUGCAUUUCAGCGUCUAUGACUUUGACCGAUUCACCAGCCACGAUAUGAUUGGCGAGGUGGUGGUGGACAACCUCUUUGAACUCUCUGAUCUUUCCAGGGAGGCGGUUGUUUGGAAGGAUAUUCAUGCAGCAACCACAGAGAGUAUCGAUUUGGGAGAGAUCAUGUACUCGUUGUGCUACCUCCCCACAGCAGGGAGAAUGACCCUAACAGUCAUCAAAUGUAGAAACCUCAAAGCCAUGGACAUCACAGGCUCCUCAGAUCCAUAUGUGAAGGUCUACUUGAUGUGUGAUGGACGGAGGUUAAAGAAACGAAAAACAACAAUUAAGAAAAGCACACUUAAUCCGGUGUACAACGAGGCUAUCAUCUUCGAUAUUCCCCCGGAGAAUGUGGAACAAGUCAGUCUGUCCAUUAUGGUCAUGGAUUAUGAUCGUGUUGGACACAAUGAGGUGAUUGGCGUGUGUCGUACGGGGCCAGAUGCUGAAGGGCUCGGACGAGAUCACUGGAAUGAAAUGUUGGCUUAUCCACGGAAGCCCAUCACGCACUGGCAUGCUCUAGGAGAGUGGCCUGGAAGAGCAGCAAGCUUUGAGAGUCAAGGUUCAUGUCCUUCACCCAAACCUCCACAUACACCCUGAUGAUCACAGGUGGAGUGCCAGCAUCACCUCUGUAAGAAACCAGAUGUUUGUUUGCCGACAAGCUAUGUUGCCUAUCACCCUUUUGAGCAGAUUGAAUUCAUGUUUCUAUGUUUGUACUGAAACUGUAUUUAUUCAUUUGAAUGCAAGUUCUUCAAGUGCUCUACAGAGAUGGCUAUGCACAGCACUCACAGUCAUUCAAAGUUUGUUUUUUGUACGUGUGAUUUGGAAACGUAUUUGACUAACAUUUACACAGACCACAUGAAUGGUAGGCCUCACUGCAAGAAGUUGUGGUGGUUAACUUGCAGCGUUAUCAGUUUUUUCAGUAUCAGAGCAACAUUUUUCCAGCCCUCAAGCUCUUUAGUGCGUUACCAUUUUAGUUUGAAAUGGCACAAAGUUUAAGGGCUAUGCUGCUCAGUACCACAAAAAUAUUUACUUGAUGAAAAACACUUGAUUAAUCAAGCGAGUCAUGCUCUAGGUUUUAUUGGGGAAUGCAGGUAACUGAGCCUCUACAAGGGCUGAGAAAUCUCAGUAAAUAUAUCAGUCACAGCUGUCACAGAUGUGUAAAACAGAAUAGCCAUCACUCUGCAGGACUCUCAUAUUUGGAGAAACAGUAGCUGGUUCAUGUAGCAUAUGUACAGAAAGAUCAAAUUAAAGUGUGUCUAAAUGAACUUCAGACUAAAUUGGUUUCUUAAAAUUUGGCCACAAUGAAAUGACAAAUUCAGGUUUAUUUUUGUACACACAGAACAACCUUAUUUCGUAACUGCAAACACAAGCAGCAGUAUUAUUUAGAAACAAUUAAACUUACCCUCUAAUGAGUCUAGUAACACUGAUAUUGAAACUCCCAUGCUCAUUAUUGUAGGGUGUUCACUUCAGAAUGCAUGGAGAUGACUGUUGUCGUGGACUGUGAGAUUUGGCAGUUCGUUCCCACUUGAAUGUUCAUUUUCAUGCAACCACAGGCAGGUUUUGUAACCACAUCUGUUAGUCCUCUUUGUAAACACAUUUUGAUGUACAGCAUUAAAAAUAAAGCAGCUGUUCUUUUUAAACAUACAUAAUGAAGCAUAGUGAACAGAAUAAAAAAGUAGUGACAUCUUAGGUUUCUUAUAUUAACAGUAAUAAUUUGGCAAAUUAACCUAUACUGGAGUACAAGAAUAAUGCCACAUCGUCUGCAUAUAUCAUUAAUUUAUAAGGUUGCUAAAUUUUUCUUUGGGAGACGGUGCUUUAGCUGCAAUCUUUUAGCAUUUGAUUGCAGCUUUUAGGAUCCCUGCAUUAUGCUGACAUUUUAAGUCGAGUCAGUGGGAAACAUUAAAGAGUUAGUAUUUUAAAUACUCAGAUAGCUAGCAUAGUUAAUAAGCUAGCUGCAGCCGCUAAUAGUAUAAAAGAUCGACAUAGCUGCUGUGACUGGUUAGGAAAGUCCUGCUGUGACGCCUCGAGGUUCACAGUAUAUGGUGUUACACAGUCACUGAGAUUGCCGUUGCAUUAGCCAAGGAGCAUACCCUGGUUAGCCUGCCUUUUUAAUUAAUAAUUUACCAAACUAUAAUUUACCAAAUGAACUUCAUGUUUUAUUCACUAAAGCUUGAAACUAGUUACUGGUCAAUCAGUUGAGAAGGGCUCAGCUUAAAGCCACUACUGCUCAUCAAAAGAAAAGACUAGAUACAUUUUGGCCAUGUCCAUGUUUGGGUCGGACCAAGGACACACGAGGUGAUGUUUCCCUCCCGACCCCAAUCUGGGUAAGUGUCAGAGGAUGGAUAUGAAACCUGAAAAAUAGUUCUGAGACUUAGAAUAACCAUAAAUUACAAAUACAAUUCUAAAUUCCAUUUGUGGGUCAGAUUGUUUGGUUAAGGUCAUUCUAAAGUCAAAAAGUGUUUAUUGAAGUCAAAGUCUUUUUGCAACCAGAUUACCUACCCCUGCUGAAACAAUUUUAAAACAAUGCAUGUUUAAAGCUGCACCAGCUGAACUUAUCAGAGAAACGAGGCCACUGUGGAGCUGCCUUGGCCUUACUUCUACAUUCAUGGUUUAUACUGUGUACGGCUCCAGCUGAUAAAGUCUGCAGCUGUGUCUGCAGGUGGCAGCUGUGUUUCAGGUGAAUAAGAAAAAAGAAAAUCUUGUAAAUUUAAAUGGCUUGACAGGCAUAAUAGUCAGCAAGGAGUAGGUGUUAUUGGACAGUUAAUUUAAUUUUAAAAAGCACAGAAGAUUAAUACAAACAGUGGCUGACACACACACACACACACACACACACACACACACACACACACACACACACACACACACACACACACACACACACACACACACUCAAAUAUUUGCAUAUAUUAUGAAUAUUUUUACAAUAUUUUAUAUUUUUAAGCCACAUGAAAUAAAAAGUCAGUAUGACUAACACAGAACAUCAUCUCAGAUUUUCCUGUGAGUAAUAACUAAUAAGAACCCAACAUAGCAAAUAGAAAAAGGCUAUGUACUGUUAUCUUACUUGCAAAUGCAGUUAAUGAUGCUCUUUUCCCCUUGCUCUGUCCUCAGUAUUAAAAAAAAAGAAUAUUUUUACUUGUAGCAUGCCUCUCGCCACUACAAAAAAAAUUAGCACUUAUCGGGGGAAAUGCAAAUAUGUCAGCGUAUUUCAGAUUAAAAAGCUUGUGUUUACAGUUGUAUAUAUCUAUACUUGUCAAUGGCACUUUUGUUUGUAUAUACUGAAAAGUGAAUUCUAAAAAGCUGUCGUAAACUUAUGGAAAUAGAGACAUCACAAUGUAUUUCUAUUGUUUGGUGAUACUUUGAAGCGCUCCGACCUGUAAACGAGUGCAAUUUCGACACGUUCUGUAAUAGUUGUGAACAAUUAGUCAAACUGGAGACCCAGUGAAGCCAAUUCUACCUUACCGAGUUAUUCCAUGUUUAGGAGUUUAGAGCUUUGAGCUGUAAUUGUUUGAGUAUAUAUGGACGGAGAACAACUUCGACCACUGUCAUGAUGUGUACAGUUUGUGAUAACUUUUGUAACAAUUUAAAGUAAAUAUUUGGGAUAUAAUUUAUUGUAUCUGUUUC